CAGCAAAAGAAAAAGAAACCCACAAAAUACCCCAACCACUGUCCCUUUUCCUCCACUUUGUUCGAAAAAGCUCAUGCCUUGUCGCCGAUUCCUCCACCACUCGCCCUUACUCGUUAACCACCCCUGCCUUGACUCAGUACGACCAUGGGUUUCCAUUUCCAUGCUUAAAAGCUCCUUCCUUUCUUCUUAUUUUUCUCAAAUAUCAUCUGUUACAGUAAAAUUUUGUUGUUAUUCUGAGAGUUAAAAAGAGAGAUGUAUGUGGUGCCGCCACCCCAGCGACAGGAUCCGGGUUCCAUCGGCGGCGGGUCGAGUGAUUUACGGGUUUACCAAGCUUGGAAAGGCAGCAAUAAAUUUUUAUUUCAAGGGAGGUUUAUAUUUGGACCAGAUGUAAGAUCAUUAGGGCUGACUAUUUUACUUACAGUAGCUCCAGUCUCCAUUUUCUGUGUAUUUGUUGCCACCAAAUUGAUGGAUGAUUAUUCUCAUCACUGGGGUAUUUCCAUCAUGGCUGUUGCUGUUAUCUUCACUGUUUAUGAUUUAGUUCUUCUAUUGUUAACAUCCGGAAGAGAUCCUGGUAUCAUUCCGCGCAAUGCACACCCUCCCGAGCCAGAAAGUUUUGAUGGAAAUUCAGAUGUUGGGGCUGGUCAAACUCCACAGUUACGACUGCCACGCAUUAAAGAAGUGGAGGUCAAUGGAAUCACUGUGAAGAUCAAAUAUUGUGACACUUGCAUGCUUUAUAGGCCUCCUCGCUGCUCACACUGUUCAAUCUGCAAUAACUGUGUAGAACGCUUUGAUCACCACUGUCCUUGGGUUGGGCAAUGUAUUGGUCUGCGAAAUUAUCGGUUCUUCUUCAUGUUUGUCUUCUCAACAACCCUUCUGUGUAUAUAUGUUUUUGCAUUCUGCUGGGUCUACGUUAGAAGGAUCAUGGAAUCAGAAGAGACAACAAUUUGGAGAGCAAUGAUUAAAACCCCAGCUUCCAUUGUUUUAAUAGUUUACACUUUCAUCGCAAUGUGGUUCGUUGGUGGUUUGAGUGCCUUCCAUUUGUAUCUGAUCAGUACAAAUCAGACAACAUAUGAGAAUUUCAGAUAUCGAUAUGAUCGUAGAGCAAACCCUUAUAACAAAGGAGUGGUUGAGAACUUCAAGGAGAUAUUUUGCUCUAUCAUUCCAUUAUCCAAGAACAAAUUCAGGGCAAAGGUGCCCAGGGAACCUGUGUUACCAACACGACCCGGUGGUUUUAUGAGUCCAAAUAUGGGGAAGGCCGUGGAUGACAUAGAAAUGGGUAGGAAGACAGUGUGGGGUGAUAUUGGUGCUGGCACCGAUCAUUGUGAAGGGCAACUUGUAAGUGACCGAGUAAAUGUCAAGGAGGGUGAACUGGGAGAAUUAUCUCCAGAUAUUAGAACUACAGGAGACGACACAGGCGAGCGUGCUGGUAUACAUCCCAGGAGAUCUAGUUGGGGUAGAAAAAGUGGUCGAUGGGAAAUGUCACCCGAGGUUCUUGCUUUGGCAGCUAGAGUGAGCGAACCGAAUCGAGCUGUUGGAAGUAGCAGUAGCAACAAUUUGACAACCGAAAACCGCCAAACAUAACCAUUAUGCUGUGAUAUCGGAUGUAUUGCUAAUGUUUCUAUUCUUGUUUCAAUCAUGUGUAUUAUGGGGACAUUUGUUUUUGGAUUUGGCAGGGUGUUUAAAAAGUGUUGGUUUGACCCUUUGUGCUUUAAGGAAGAAGUGGUGUGUUGUACCUUGUACGAGAGAGAGUUCUUUUCAAUUUUGACACUUUUCUUGUAUUUGUUGUGGAAUUAGUUAGUAUCUACUAAUUGUAUUGAGUUUGUGGUUUUUGAUUUUAGCGUC